AUGUUUGUCGGCUGUUUGACCCGGCGAGAUGAACUUCACUGGAGAAUACUCUCUAUUCUCUCCAUAAUUAUACUCUCAUGCUCCCCACUAUCUUUCUGCGAGAGAAUUGGGGUCAUGCAGUCAGAGGUGUAUUUUGGAGCUCAUGGGGGCCCUCUUGUUUCUUUCUAUAACUCUCUUAUUUCUCCGGGAGUAGAAGGAACGGAAAAUGCAGAAGAGGGAUUAGAUUGUGAACUGUCUAUUGUCAAGGAGGAGUACGUUGUAAGUGUCACAGGCGCGGAUUCUUCUUCCAGAGAUCACCCAGAAUUUCAUCUCAAAGAGCCAAUCAAUGGAAAGGAAAAGCAGCGAAAUGGACCAGAAUAUAAAUACAAAUGCCGACAAUGUGGGAAAGCAUUUAGGAAUCGUGGGAAUCUCAAGCAGCACCUGAGUGUCCAUCUAACUGAGAAGAUCUAUCAAUGUGCUGAAUGCCCCAGCGCUUUUACAACCAAAAUCAAACUCCGGCGGCACUUGUGGUGUCACUUUAAGUUCUUCUCAUGUGAUCUCUGCGGGAAGCGCUGCAAUGAAAGAAGCGAAAUGGUUAAGCAUCAAAAGGAAAACUGCCCAAAGGUUAAGCAUGAAGCAACACAUAUUUGUCAUAUUUGUGAGAAGGCCUUCACAACGGAGCAACGGCUAAAGAGUCAUUUGCAGAUUAAUCACACCGAGAAGACGUCCAAAUGUGAGAUUUGCAGUAAAGCCUUCACGAGUUUGGGCACACUGCGGCAUCACAUGGCCGUCGUCCACUUCGAUGAGAAGCUCCCAUGCCCGAAUUGUGGGAAACCCUUCAAGAACAAACAGUACUUACGGCAUCACCGGAAGUACAAUUGUUCCCGGAGCAAUCGGGAGAAGGAUAAAAAGUGCACUGAAUGCGAUAAAGCCUUCUACAAUGCGUGGGAAUUGAAGCAACAUAUGAUUGUUCACACAAAAGAACGCAACUUCACCUGCCCUGUGUGUGAAAAAACCUUCAAUGCUAAGCCCCGGCUGAGGGAUCAUCUACGGGUGCAUGCGGACGCUGAGAAGCUUCCCUGCACCAUCUGUGGGAAGCUCUACAAGCACAGGAAGAGUCUCAGGUUGCACAUGAAAGCACACAACAGUGUUAAAGUUGAUCCAGCACUACGAGAGCGGAAGUAUAAAUGCACAAUGUGCAUCAAAACCUUCCUGUGUUGCAGUCAUCUCAAAGCUCAUCUACUCACGCACAAUCCAGAGAGGAAUUUCAAGUGCAACCAAUGCUCAAAGAGCUUUGUAAGUGCUGUAAAGUUGGCACAGCACAAUGUAACGCAUCAGGACGGGCCAAGAGUACCCUGCACGGUCUGCGGGAGAUUUUACAAGAAUGAAAGGACACUCAGGGAGCACAUGAGGGAACAUCAGAUACAGGGAUUGUUUGAAUGUGAAAUCUGUGGGAAGAAAUUAGUGAGGAAGUCCAGUAUAAAGCAUCACAUUUUGCGGUAUCAUCGAAGCAAAUUCCAGGACAUUAAGGUUCAAUUCUAUCAUUGUGAGAUGUGUAAGAAGAAAUUUACGACAAAGAGUAAAUUGAAGGUUCAUAUGAUGGUACAUAACGACGUCCGGGACUUUGAAUGUCUGGAAUGUCUGAAGAAAUUCAAGAAUAAGCUUGCGCUGAUUGUGCAUUUGAAGAAUACUCACAGCACCGCGCGCCCCUAUUCAUGCUCAAUUUGCCAGAAGACAUUCAAAUGGAAAAAGCAGAGAGAUACACACAUUUUGGGGCAUACAGAGAAGCCCGUAACAUGCUUCUACUGCAUGAAAGAGUUGAAGAAUCGGAUCAGACUGAAGGAGCACAUCAAGGCGCUCCACAGAGGUCUUCCUUUCGAGGUUUCAGAGGGUUCUGUUUCAUGCACAAUUUGUGAGAAGAUCUUUGAGAAUUUGGAUCUUCUUCAGGAUCACGUGAAAAUUCAUCCUAUAGAUAAGGUGUACGAAUGUGGGAUUUGUCAAAAGAAAUCCGUCUACAGGGGAUCAAUAAGGUUGCAUCUCCGGAAGUACCAUAACACGCAAAGCAAAUUGAUAAAGCAACUUAUAACCGUUGUACCAGACAUCACUGUUGUCAAGGAAGAACCUCCGGAGGAAUUUCUCGUGAAUUCUGACAAUAUAAAAAUUGAGAAAGAAGUGGAGAUGCUUCAGGGUACCGCACAGAGCAUAAAUUGAAAGUAAAUUAAGUCAUGGAAAAUGCAAUAAAAAUGAAAAUUUUAUA